CACCAGCGCGGGCACCAGCUCCGAGUUCCUCUAUCUGGGCACUGUGGUAAAUUCACGAGAAGCUUGUGGUCGGCUGAGUAUGGGCCCUUGUGCUGCACCAUAUCAAAGACUGGGGUCGCCCGAUCUCAAACCGCUUCCGCCAUUGCCGCCCCACAGAAACAGAGGGACUGGCGAAGAUGAGGAAGAAGAGGAGUUCUUCUCUCCAAGAAGGUCUUCAGGCCGCAGACUGAGUCCAGUGCGUACUGGGUCAGGGAGAGUGCUCCGGUUGGGAAUGGAUAGACUUGGGAUUGGGAGUAGAAGCUUCAAUUCAACAACACCCCGCGCUUGCUCAAAUUCUGCAUCGGCCACUUCUUCCCCUUGUUUGAAUUUUAGUCCCAGGCACUCUUCGGAGCCUCAGCCCCCGAUGAGAUCCUCCUCACCGUCUUCACCGGAGGUUAAUUGGAAUUUUCUAGUGUCAGAACAGAGGAAGAAUUCUGAGGCCAGAAAUGAGAUAAAUGUUCCAAUCGAGAAGCCCCCAUCUCCCCCGCCACUUCCGCCUCCACGCUUUUGGGAACGAUCUCCAAAUAACAAUGAGGAUACUCGAAAGCCAAGGUUGAAACCUUUGCACUGGGAUAAGGUUAGGGCCUGCUCGGAUCGGGCCAUGGUUUGGGAUCAGUUAAAACCGGGUUCUUUCCAAUUGAACGAGGAAAUGAUAGAGACGCUUUUUAUGGUGAAUAAUACCGCAAAUUUCGCUAUCAGAGAUAAUGCUCGGCGUCAAAUUGUUGCUUCUCCCCCCUUGGAAUACAAGGUACUUGACCCUAAGAAGUCUCACAACAUCGCCAUUUUGCUCAGGGCACUCAAUGUGACUAUGGAUGAAGUAUGCGAGGCCCUCAAAGAAGGCAAUUGGGAUAUGCUGGGAACAGAACUUUUAGAAAGUUUGUUAAAGAUGGCUCCAACCAAAGAUGAAGAAUGUAAGCUGAAGGAGUUCAAAGAUGAAUCAGCCUUCAAGCUUGGUCCAGCUGAGAAAUUUCUUAAAAUCGUUCUUGAUAUUCCUUUUGCAUUUAAGAGAGUUGACGCAAUGCUUUACAUUGCUAACUUUGAUUCAGAAUCAGAAUACCUUAGGAAGUCCUUUGAGACUUUGGAGGUGGCCUGUGAGGAACUAAGGAAUAACAGAUUGUUUUUGAAGCUCCUUGAAGCCGUGCUGAGAACUGGAAAUCGUAUGAAUGUUGGCACGAAUCGUGGUGAUGCGCAUGCAUUCAAGCUGGACACGCUUCUGAAGCUAGUUGAUAUUAAAGGGGCUGAUGGAAAGACUACUCUGUUGCAUUUUGUUGUGCAGGAAAUGGUCAGAACUGAAGGUUCUCGAAUAUCCUGUGCUACUGAUCAUCACCAAACUGCUGAAAAGAUCCAGCAGUCUACAUUCCAGGAUGAAGUUGAAUUUAGGAAACUUGGACUCCAAGUUGUUUCAGGUCUGAGUGGGGAGCUCAGCAAUGUACAAAAAGCAGCUACAAUGGAUUCAGAGAUGCUUAGCGAUGAUGUCUCCAAGCUUGCCAGAGGGAUUGCAGAAGUUGCAGAAGUUGAAAAAUUGAAUGGAGAAUCACCAUUGAGAGAGAAUAGUGAAAAAUUUUCGGAGGCAAUGAAACGUUUCUUGAAGAAGGGAGAGAAGGAAAUUGUUUUGAUUCAGGCACAAGAGAAGAAUGCUCUCUCUUCAGUGAAGAAGCUAACGGAGUAUUUCCAUGGAAAUUCUUCCAAGGAAGAAGCUCAUCCGUUUAGGAUUUUUAUGAUCGUGAGGGAUUUCCUUUCAAUACUUGAUCGUGUGUGCAAGGAAGUUGGGAAAAUAAACGACAGAACUUUGGUUGGUUUCCGUCAAUACUCAGAGCCUUCAAAUCCCAUCCUGCUACCAAUGUUCCAUGAGAUUGUUGGUUCCUUGGAUGAUGAAACCUCCUCUCGCUCAUCAUAGCAAUUGGUUGCUUUACCGCCUUGCAUAAUAAACUUAUUCCUUGCAUUUUUCCUCCAUGUGGUCUACUUGGCUGUACUCAAAUUAUGAAUGCCCGCCAUCUGGAAUUUUGAGUUUGUUCUGGCGUGUAAUGUAAAUGCUCGAGGUGAGAGCUAGUUUCUUGCGUCGCUGCACAGAGCCAAAAUAUAGAAGAUAAACUGAACAGAAUAUGAAUUCUGUUUGUAUUCAAUAAUGAUCAAUCGUCUUGUACAGUCAGUGCUUACGUAGAGCAAGGACUUAGGCUUAA